AUGAGUUUUAAUCUUGACGAUCCUUUAGCUGAUAUUUUAAGCGAUGGAAGUGAUGAUAGUUUUUUCGAUGAUGAUGUAUUGGGAAAAAAGAAAUCACUUAAGAAGAAAAGCACACCAAUAGUUGAAAAGAAAAACAUUUUAUUUGAUUUAGAUGGUAGUGGUAGUAAAACUAAGCCAAAUGAUUUCAAUCUUGAAAAAGUGAAUAAACCUCUCACAAAAGCUGAUGAUUCCGAAAUAUUAUUGAAAGCCGACAGCCAGAAGUCUAAUUCUUCAUCAUUUAAAUAUGCUACUACUAAAGAAGCUAAAAAAAUAGAACUUCCUGAUUCUAACAACGUAUUAAAUAAUAAAGUUGAUAUAAAAUCACCUUUGAAAACUAAAGUUGGCACAAGUGUUGACAAAAUGGAUAUAUUGGACGAAUUAGUGGGUGCUAAGAAAGAACAAGUAAAACAUUUAGAUAAAGCAAAAGGAUCGCAGUCUAUAUUAGACGAUAUUCUAGGAAAAACUGCACCAAAAUUAAAUCAUACAACCAAAUCAACAACAGUAAAAAAUCAAGAAUAUAAUUUGAAUUCUAUUCUCGGCAAAAACGAACCUAAGGAAACCUUUUCUACAAAAAAAACUAAUUCAGUAAAUAAAUUACAACAAAAUGAAUCCAUCAAACAAAAUAAAAAAAAAUCGGAUGAAGAUUGGUUAGGAAUUUUUCAAGAUAAAGAUGAGAAUAUUGAAGAGGAUGGUAAUGAAAUGCCGUCUUGGUUGGGAGGAAGUAGUUUGAAAACAAAGACGUCUGAUAAAGAUAAUAAAUCACGGAAUCAAAAAGAAGUUGAAGAAACAUUAUCACAUAUUCCGCAGUCAAAGGAAAAUGAAACUGUGACUAAGGAGGAGGCGGUAAAAGAAAAGAUGAAAGAAAUAAAAUCAGACAGAGGCUUCGAAAAAAUAAUAACUACAGUACCUGACAAUGCCGAAGUUCAAAAAGACUCUGAAGAUGUUACGAUACAGGGAACAGCUGUUUAUUUACAACAACAAGAAGCACAGUUAAUGGUUGCUUUACAAUUAAAAGCUCAAGACGAAAAACUUGCUGCAAUGCAACAAAAGCAAAAAGAAGCCCAACGAGUUCAACGUGAGGCUGCUCUCGCCCAGCACGCACAACUGGACGCCAUGCUACAGCGGCAAGCAAAUCACAGACUUCAGAUGCAAGCUAUAAUAAACGCACAUCAAGAUCGAAUUGCGCAAAGAAUAAAAGAACUCUUAGGAUCUAAUGAUAUCGUGCAAGAUGACGCCGAUGAUCUAGCGUACAGUUCUGAGAUUGGUCCUAAAGGCAAUGAAGAAAGCCCUCGUAAUAAAGAGAAAAAACAAUUACUGCAAUUAAUUCAAUCAUUGCAAGAAAACCACGAUAAGGAAAUAAACAUAAUGGAGACAUCAUAUAGAAGACAAAUUGCAUAUUUAGAAAUUUCUUUGAGUCAAACAGAAGAAAGAAUGAAAGAAGAGAGCGAUAAAGUGGUAAAGUUUUAUAUGGAGAAAAUCAGUUGGCUGGAAGAGCAUCACCAUCUUUAUAAAAAAUGGAUGGAAGAAAACACUUCUUCAUUAAUUGAAAGGCAUAAUGCUGAAAAAGAAAUGCUGCGAAAACAACAUUUAGAGGAUGUAAACGUAUUACAGGAACACCAUUCAGCGCUCAUGGAGAAUAUAAAAAACGCUGUAAAACAGGAGCAAGUUUUAAUCCAAGACUCGGCAGGGUUUUCUACAGAUAUGCAACAUUUAAUAGUAGAUAUAAAAGAGAAUAAAAUAAAAUGUCAGCAACUCGUAGAAAAAGUUGAAACGUUGACUGGCAAUACACAACGUGAAGCAGAAAGGAGUUUGCAGCUGCGAGAGACCCAAGUUAAUGAUAUGAUACAGCAAAUGAAAAAAGAGCGAGAGCAUUUCGAAAAAGAAAAAACUGAAAGUAAAGAUAUGAUCCACAUGCUCGAAGUAAGACUGAAGCAAAUGACAACGAUGAUUGAAGAAGAUUCGGUCUCCUUGAAGCAGAAGAAAAUGGAAUUCGAAUUCGAAAAAGCAACGUUCAGUAAACAAACGGAAUUUGCCAAGAAUGUUCUUAAGAAGCAAGAUGAAGAACUUAAGAUGUUCAAAGAGGAUAUACAAAAAGAAUAUCAAGAGAAAGUCGCUAAAAUUAACGAGGAAAAAGAGAAAGCAAUAAAAGACUCUGCUAUUAUUGCGAAGGAGAAAGCUUCUAUAUUAAGUAUAAAGAUGGAUCUCGAGAAAACAAAGGCUGAACUGCAAGCCCAACUAGAAGAAAUUACUGAGGAGCGGUCAAAAUUGAAUCUAGAAAAGCAAGAAUUAUAUUUGAAAGAGCAACGGAUAAUAGCGAAGAGUAAAGAUGUAGAAAUGCUCACUAAAGCAGCCAUAGAAAAACAAUCUCAAGCUGAAAAGAAGUACGCAGAAGCAGAGAGUCAACAAAGAAAGUACGAAGAGAGAAUACGUCGCAUACAAGAACAUGUAGUAUCUUUGAAUGCGAGAGAAAAACAGAUCGCUAGAGAAAAGAUCGUGUUGUCUCGAGAAAGAAUCAGACUGCAUAAUGACUGGAAGCAAAUUGAGAGUAGGCAACAAUGUUCGUUAUGUCGGUCCAUGCCAAGAACGCCGCAGUAUAAUUUAGAAACCACAUACCAUUCGGAGAAUUAUGACAUGCCCGUGUCUAGAGAUUAUGGUGAAGCUAAUGUGAGCCAUGCCUUGAGUGCAAUAGAGCAGGAAAUGGCUCAUCUUAUGGGUAGGACGUUUAGUUUGAAACACGACAGUGGGUUGGUUAAUUUAACCAGACAAGAUGUAAGACAUUCAAAUGAUGUAGAAGAUGAAGGUGAACAUUUGGAAUCGACAGAAACUGGAACUUUUAAGGACUACAUGGAUCCAAAAUUCAUGAUGUUACGACUCGAUGUUCAAAAAGUAAUCAAUAAAAUAGAAGGGAAAGGAGGCUCAGUGGAUGAGAAAUAA